AUGGUUCUCGAGGCGUACACCUACGUCUUUGCCAUUGGCACCUGCUUCGCCCUCCUCGAAGCUUACAACAACGGCGCCAACGAUGUCGCCAACGCCUGGGCCACGUCCGUGUCCUCGCGGUCCGUCACCUACCGCCAGGCCAUGAUUCUCUGCAUCAUCUUUGAGUUGACGGGUGCUUUGGCUGUCGGUGCCAGAACCGCCUCGACCAUCAAGAACGGCAUCAUCCCCUCCAACGCAUUUCAAGGCAAUGCCGGUGUUCAGCUCCUCGCCUUCGCCUCUGCCUCUGCUGGUGCCUCCAUCUGGGUCAUGUGGUGUACCGCACACUCGGCUCACGUCUCUUCCACCUACUCGCUCGUCUCGUCCAUUGCUGGUGUCGGUGUCGCCGCCGUCGGUGCCCGCAACGUCCAGUGGGGCUGGUACGAUGGCUCGGGUCUCGGUGCCAUCUUUGCCGGCCUUGCCAUGGCUCCCUUCAUCUCGGCCUGCUUUGGCGCCAUCAUCUUCUUGCUCAUCAAGUACCUGGUCCACGUUCGCAAGAACCCCGUCCCCUGGGCUGUCUACUCCUCGCCGCUGUUCUUCCUGAUUGCCGGCACUGUCUGCACGCUCUCCAUCGUCUACAAGGGCUCCCCCAACUUGGGCCUCGACAAGAAGCCCCCGGGAUGGAUUGCCGGUGUCACCGUCGGAACCGGUGCCGCCCUCUGCCUGCUGUCUGCCAUCUUCUUCGUCCCUUAUGUCCACGCCAAGGUCGUCAAGAAGGACUACACGCUCAAGCCAUGGAUGGCCAUCCAGGGUCCUCUGCUCUUCAGGCGCCCCGCCCCUGCUGACGCCGAGCAGUCGACUGUCCCCAACUACGCCGUUAUCCAGGAGGAGAAUGUCGCCGCUGACUCGGACUCGGACAUUGCCGCCCGCAAGGAGAAGGCUGCCAUCAUCAACGGCGACAAGACCGUUGCCGGCUCCGAGAACUCUGUCAAUGCCACUGUGGACCAGGAGGCCGCCACUCCCAACUAUACCCAAGAGGAGUACCGCCAGCUCAUGAACCAGGCCAUGGAGCGCCACCACGCCAACCUCCGCAAGUCUCGCGGUCCUCUCGGCUGGGCCAUGCGCUCCCUCCACCGCAACCAGCUCCGCGGCGGUUCGAUCCACGAGACCCACAACCUGAUUGCCCUUUUCAAGCGCAUCCCCGCCAUGAUUGUCGCCGCCCUCCUCUACGGCAUGCACUACGACAUCCACACUGCUCAGGUCGGUAUCCACGGCUCUCCCGAGGGCCGCCGCAUGGAGCGCGUCUACGGCUACGCCACCAAGUACUCCAACGAGGUCGAGCACCUGUACUCUUUCGUCCAGAUCAUCACUGCCUGCACUGCCUCGUUCGCCCACGGUGCCAAUGAUGUUGGUAACGCCGUUGGUGUCUGGGCCGGCAUGUACUCUGCCUGGUCCACGGGCAACCCUGCCGCUGCCAAGGCCGAUGUCCCCAUGUGGCAGCUUGGCACGACCGCUGCCGUCAUCUGCAUUGGUUUCAUCACCUACGGUUACAACAUCAUGAAGGUCAUGGGUAACAAGCUCACCUACCACUCUCCUUCUCGUGGUUCGUCCAUGGAGAUGGGCGCCGCCAUCACCAUUCUCAUCUUCUCCCAGUACAAGCUGCCCGUCUCCACCUCCAUGUGCAUCACGGGUGCUACGGUCGGUGUCGGUCUCUGCAACGGUCACAUCAAGGCCGUCAACUGGAAGCGUGUUGGCCUUCUCGUCUUCUCCUGGAUCAUGACCAUCCCCAUUGCUGGUCUGAUCGGUGGUGGCAUCAUGGCUCUUGCCGUCAACACCCCCAAGUGGUAAAGCGUGGAACGUCUUCGCUCUUCAUCACCCCAAACACCCAUCGCAACCAUUUGGAGAUACCCUCGUUUUGUACAGACUUCCGCCGGCCUUUUGCGGGAUUCAAUCUUUUAAAACACACGCAAAAAACUUGACAUUAUUACCGCACUUGAGGAUAUGGCGCAUGAUUUGGCCAAGUACUUAAUAUAGAGCAUUACACAGAUUGUACCAUAGCCAGCAAUCAACCAUAUUCCUUCGUCUAUAGCAC